AUGAUCAGUGCUGGCAUGAGCUGCCAGCUAAUCCAUUACGUCCACGAGGAGCACGACACCUUCUUCGACGUGUGCAAGGCCUUCGAUGCAAUCAUCGUGCGGUGCAACCCUGGUCAGAUCAAGGCCGAUGGAGGAGACCAGGGCAAAUUCGACAACGGCAUGCGUGCGUUGCGCAAGCUGGACAUCCAGGUCUGGCCAGCCCCGGAUGUCAUGGAGUUCAUGGGCGCGAAGGAUGCGCUCUGCAAGAUUGCGAAUCUGAAGAUCGGGCUUGAGGACACCCUUGCCUACUACGACCCCGCGGACUUCGCUACAGGUUUCAAGAAGACCAUGGCUUUCCAGCCGCGCGUCAUCAAGCAGAAUCGCGGGUCCUCCGGAGAGGGCAUCUGGAUCAUCAAGCUGAAAUCUGGCAACUACUGCAAGACGUACGGCGAGCGCUCCUGCGCAGAUGACGAGGUCUUGGAUCUCAUGGAGGCCAACGACAACCACUCGGAGGAGCACACUGUUGCUGAGUUCAUCGAGUUCUGCGUCAGUGGCCGCACCAGCAAGAGCGGCACUUGGACCUCCAAGGGCGUCGGAAAGUAUUUGGAGGGCGGCAAGGAGGCUGGCGGCCAGCUUGUGGACCAGCGCUUCUGCCCACGCAUCGUGGAAGGAGAGCUCCGCUACAACAUGGUGAGCGACGCGCUCGUGGGGAUCAUCCACAAGAAGCCCAAGGAAGGCGGCAUCAGUGCGGUUGGUGGCACGGGAUCUGCAACUCGGCUCCAGAAGGCCGAGCCGAUCGGCCAGUCGGCCACCGGUCUUCGAGCCAAGCCCGGGCAGUCUCUGCAAACUAGAGCGAGAGCACUGGAAGGGCCCUGCGCCAGAAGUCGAAAGGAUUCGAAAAGGUGA